GUCCAUGCCUGUUACGGCAGCGACGAGGACCCUUUCCUCUUCGACGACAACACCGACCUCUUAGACUCCAGCCUGCGAAACCCAGGCCUGGCUGCUAACUUAGUAUUCGCAACACUCGUGCCGACGGCAUUUCAUGAUUGCGUAGCGGAAUGUCUGGGCCUAAGAACAAUCUCGAAGAUGUCCUGCGUCGACGGCAGGAGAACGGGAUGUCCUCUCUUGCUCCCGCUUCACCAGCACCCGGACAGCGCAAGGUAUCGAAAUUCAAGCCAGCAUCCACGCCGAGUAGCAAUGUUGCGGUGCCCAAAGUGCCAUCCUCUCGCCCAUCAUUCUCCACUCCAGGGUUCGGCAGGACAAAACCGCAGUCUGUACAAUCUGCAGCUCGAUCCACCGUUGUGGACAUCAGUCCACAUAUCAUCCAGAUCUCGUCUAAUGAAUCUACACCAGCUUCUGGUAGUCGCUCAGCGAUCCCAGCUAAACGUCCUUCUCCAGAUCCAAUUCGUAUUGGCGAAACGACAGGCUCGCCCAAACGUUUCAAACCUAACCAUAGUUUUCAGAAGGAGAACUUCUUCAAUCCGUCCAAGAACAAGGGUAAGGCCAGAGCUUCAAGUCGCUCACCGUUUUCCACGCCAACGAAGUCGAAGUCAAGAAAUGCCACCGGCGCAUGUCCUAAGACCCCACCUUGCAGUCGCCAUGAAGAUCGUGCACUGCCACUUGAAUACUCUGACCUUCUGGAAGCACAGGCUCAAGAUCUCCAAGAGGAAUAUGCUUGCGAUCUUGACCUUAAGAAUGAUAUGAUGGAAGUCAUGGAACGAUAUCUCAAUGAAGGACGUUGUCGGCAAACGAGGGCUCUCAUUCGUCGGAUGCUGCAACUGGUACAAGAUCGAAUUGACUGCGUGCGAGCCGUACAAAACGCAAAGAAGUCAAACGAGAUGCCUACGUUACCGGCACCCUCUUGGGCAAAGAAUGUAGCCGCUCCUCGUGCGAUGGAGCUACCGCCGUUGCCUGCUUUGCCGCUAGUACAAACUGCAUCAUCUUCCACUAUGGCAUCCGUAUCAUCGUCUGACGAACCGCUGAGAGCACCACUUAUCAGCGAGGAAUCUACCGUCAUAGUUGAUGAAGAUGAUGAGAGUCAGUUCUGGAAUGACAUCGAUGAACUGCCUCCUGAUGUCUUCACAAACGAUGCGUUAUCCUUGCUUGCGAAGCCGCCUUCUACUGUCAGUUCGGUCGUCGUUGCUGGACCAUUGCCAACACCACCUCCACUUUCACGCACCGAACUUCAAGCCAGCACGCUUAGUGAUGAUCCUGCAAAGUCGGCUUACUAUCCGGAAAUGAAGCGAAUACUGCGGAACGUAUUCAGACUGGAUUCCUUCCGGCCUAAACAACUUGAAGCUAUCACGGCAGCUCUAUCCGGUCGUGACGUGCUUGUUCUAGUACCUACUGGCGGAGGAAAGAGUUUAUGUUUCCAGCUGCCUGCUCUUUGUCGCUCAGGAUCUACGAAAGGGAUGACUGUAGUUAUCGGUCCUCUUAUUGCGCUGAUGGAGGAUCAAAUCAAUGCCUUGAGGGCGAAGAAUAUCGAUGUAAUCGCCUUCCAUCGCGCUGAAAUACCAGACGAAGAUGUAUCGAGUGGAUAUCGAAAGCUCCGGUCCCAAAAUGGCUCAUCGUGUCUGCUCUAUAUCACGCCCGAAAGAUUGCAGAUGAGUAGUACGCUGCGUUCUAUCUUGGAUGACUUAUACCAGUCUCAGCAAUUGGCGAGAUUUGUCGUCGACGAGGCGCAUUGUAUCGCCAAGUGGGGAAGAGAGUUCCGUCCUGCAUACAGUAACUUGUCAUGCUUGCGCGAAAAAUAUCCAACCGUCCCGAUUAUGGCGCUCACCGCCACUGCGACAACCAACGUCCAGAAAGAUCUUGUCUCUAUUCUCGGCAUGCGUAAUCCCGUACGAGUAACCGACUCUUUUAAUAGGCCGAACCUGUUCUACGAUGUCCGUGACAAAGUCAAGAACGUUUGGGGCGAGAUUGCCAACUUCAUCAACACUAAACAUCGUGGCCACACUGGUAUUAUCUAUUGUCAGAGUCGAGACAGAACAGAGGAGAUGGCAAAGGUCUUACGAGACCAGUAUGGCAUCUCUGCUAAGCAUUACCAUGCAAAGCUGGAUUCUCGCGACAAGACCAAAGUACAAAAUGAGUGGCAACGUGGGAUCUGCAAAGUCGUCGUUGCAACGAUUGCUUUUGGCAUGGGCAUCGACAAACCCGAUGUUCGCUUUGUCAUACAUAGCGAUGUUCCGUCAUCCUUGGAUAGUUACUACCAAGAAACUGGACGAGCAGGCAGGGACGGUAAACCUUCUGACUGUCUCAUGUUUUUCAGCUUUAGCGGCAUGCAUAUCAUCUUCAGACGUAUCCGCGAAGGCGACGGCGAUGAAGAGUUCAAGGAUCACCAAGAGGAUGAAUACCGUCGUGUCCUGGAAUACGGCUCUAACAACGUCGAAUGCCGUCGAGCUCAGGUAUUAAGCUACUUUGGACAGAACUUCGAUCCACGCGACUGUAAUAAGCAAUGUGACAAUUGCUGUGACACCUCAUCUGAAGUAUACGAAGAAGACAUGACUUCAUCCGCGAAGGACGUGCUCGCUCUCGCUCACAACAUGACAAAGACCACUAUCGUGAACAAGACGUUACUAACCAAAGUUUAUCGUGGAAGCAAGGCUAAAGACUCUAUCAUGUUCCAAAAUCAGCCGCAUUAUGGUGCAGGUCAAAAACUUCCGGUUACUCAAGUCGAGCGGCUUAUCAACCACUUAUUUGCCCGUGGGUAUUUCGAACUGGUUGCCUACGGCAGCCAUGACAAGUUUACCCAUUCCAAAUUAGUGGUCACUCGAAGAGCCGCAGGUUUUCCUGGUAAGGACGAGAAGCUGAUUAUGCUCUUCAAACGGCCGCGUAAGAACGGUGCACCUAUUUCCGAGAGGCGUCGUCCUCCUAUAUCUAGUCAUGGGCGGAACGAGAGCAUUUCCGUGGCCGCGCCAUCGGUCGCUAGCACGCAACAAAAGCCAUCUGCGUCUGACGGGGAAGAUGACGAUUUCGUUGAGGACGACGACAUCAUUGAGAUUGACGAUGAUGAUGACGACUUCGGAGAGGUGAUCAAGGCGCAAAACACUGUUCCCCGCGUAAGCGGUCGUGGAGCCCGGGAGCCCGUCAGGCGUUCGACUAUAUUGGAUGAAGACCCAAUAGAAAUCGAUGAUGAGCAAUCGCAGGAGGCAGGUCCCUCACGGCCAGUGUUGAACAACGAAGACAAGAUUGAGGAACGGUGCCUCAAAGAGCUCUUGGAACUGCGAGACAUUAUCGUUCGUAACGAUGGAUCUGAUCAUGUAUCUGACCUGUUGGAUGACAAUACUUUGCAUAUGCUAAGCGUUCUCAUGCCUAAUGAUGCUUCAAGUUUCACCCAAACCCUGAAGUCCAUGGGCGCGGACUGGAAGGCUUUGGAUAAAACUGUUGCCCAGAAAUUCCAGCACAUCUGCAUUACAUACAGGAUGCAGCGCGAUGAAUUGGCAAACUCCCCUGGCAGACCAGCGCACCAUGCUGUCAAUCUUGUUGCGGACUUGCAUUCUCGUUUCAACUUCAAGGGCCCUUAGACUUGGCGUACAUUUUCUUACCUCCAUCUUGACUUUGCUUGCAUCACUUCGCAAUCUAGAUAUUCUAUACCAUCAUCACUGUAGUUAUAAUGUACAUAGUGUAUAGUACCGCCCUUUCUUGGAGACUCUAGAAUGUAUGUCGAUCAAGCUCUAUGGAACAGACCAUCUAUAUAUUUAACAGAAGGGAAGAAAAAAACCCAAAUUGCGAUUGUUCGCAUGUCUAUUUUGAUACACCUACUCCUCUUCCCAUUCAAAAGUACUAUACCAUCCGUGACUACCUCCCUCUUGAUCAGUAGACAUUGUCCAUGCAGAAUCCUGCAACCAAGUGGAUGCUCCGAAAAGUCGACCUGUCAGUUCCAAUAAAUCUUCCAGCGCGUUGACCAUGUUCCGC